UGUUUACAAAUAUUUAAUUCUUAUCGCGUGUUAAUUAAUAAUAAGCAUUAAAACAGUAACCAGCAUAAUCCUGAGAGUCAAGUGGAAUCCUUUGCCAAGCCAACAGUCAGCCUUUGAGGCUAAUCAGGGCCGUGCCAUGUACGAGAAUUCGUGUUCCUAUCAAACGGCGCUGGAUCUGAAGCGCGUAUCACCGCCAACAUUGGCGCAGGUUAAGACCGAGGACUGCCUGACAUUGGGACAAUGCUCACCGGACUGGACCUCGUAUCGCUUUCAUCAGUCCACCUUCGAGCAGUUGAAACAGAGCGUGGAAAAGGCCAAAGCAGCGUUGCAGGAUCGCAGCAGCUUCUUUGGCGCCAGUAGCGCCUUUAGUGACAUCUAUUCCAGCCAGCGCUUGACAGACACACUCGACACGCUGCCCAGCGUGCAAAGCAGCAAUGGCAAUUGCUUAUCGUUGCCCCACAAUACAGGCUCUGGUGUGGGCGUGGGCGUGGGCGUCGGUGUGGGUGUGGGCGUGGGCGUGCUUAACUAUAAUGGAGUUAGCAGCAGCAGCAGUGGAGUGCUUGGCAGCAGCAGCAACGGCGGCGUGCACAGACAUCGCCUGGAUACAUUGCAGCCACCCUCGGGUUGUUCACCUGUGGGCACACAGCAUGGAGUUAUAACUUCGAGCGCUGGUCAGCUAACGUCAGCUAGCUUGGAUGUGGUCAGCUCGCCUGCAGCGCCACCACCACAUUCCACAACUAGCAGCACACAUGGCGAGCAUAAAGUUCGAUCAGAAAAAUCAACGUUGGAUUGCGCUACGACGUCGACGCAUGCGGGUGUUGGCUCAUCCUCCAGCUCCGGCGUGAGCGUUAGCAAGAGCAGCACAGGUCCUGCCACUGGCUCCAAUGCACUGUUAUCUGGACGCGGGGGCUCGGGGGAGUAUUCUUCGUACAAAUCGUCGUGGGGCUCCCACAGCUCCACACAAUCGCAAGGCUACAGCUCGAAUGCCUUGAGUAUUAAACAUGAUCCGCAUACACAACUACGGCAACCUGAUCCAUAUCAAAUGUUCGGACCCACCAGCAGCAGACUAGCCAGCUCAGGCUCUGGACAGAUACAAUUAUGGCAAUUUCUGCUCGAGCUGCUGUCGGACUCCAACAAUGCCGCCUGCAUUACCUGGGAGGGCACCAACGGCGAGUUCAAGCUAACCGAUCCCGACGAGGUGGCACGCCGCUGGGGCGAACGUAAAUCCAAGCCAAACAUGAACUACGAUAAGCUCAGUCGUGCCUUGAGAUACUACUACGACAAGAAUAUAAUGACCAAGGUGCAUGGCAAGCGAUAUGCCUACAAGUUUGAUUUCCAGGGCCUAGCAGCGGCCACGCAGCCGGCGGCCAGCGAUCCCACCUACAAGUAUCAGAGCGACUUGUUUAUGACACCAUAUCAUCAUAGCGCCAAGCUCAGCUCCUUUAUGAGUCCCCAUCAUGGCAUGACCUCGUCUUCGGCUUCCAUCUUUCCGACGGCAGCUUCUUGGGGCAACUGGGGCAGUCCGGCCACGAAUCUUUAUCAGCCGCACUCCAUGAGCCAUGUGACACCCUCGCAUGUAGCGCCCCACCUCAGCUCCUAUCCACACUACGCAUGACCAUCAUAAUAUGAGAGCAAUG